AUUGAAGCACAGUAUGUGGAAGCCUCCUGAGGAUGUGAGAGGCAUGAUGAAGCUCAAUCGAGAUGCGUUCACAACUCAAGUCACUGCUCCUGGCAUUAAUUUGUUGGAAGAGUAUAUUCAGAAAGUUUUGCCUCUUGUGAAACCAGUGCUCCUGAAGUUAUACAAUUUCAAGCCCAUUGAUCCAGUAGUGAACAAUGGGAAGAAAAGAAUUUGGCUGGAUCCAGAGAAAUUCAAGGACUCUGCAGAUAUGGUUCUGAAGAAAUUAUUGACAUGUGGCAUAGAUGGAAUGGCUGUGAGUUAUGAGAAACUCACAUUAACAUAUGACAAUUGGAAGCUGCAUGAGAUUCUUCAAGCUGUUCUACCUGAUGAUAAAGAGGUCAUCUCUUCGUAUUCCUUGGUUGGGCACAUUGCACAUGUGAAUCUCCGAGAUCAUCAACUCCCCUUUAAAGACCUCAUUGGACAGGUAGUCUUGGAUAAACUCAAGAAUGUCAGAACUGUUGUCAACAAGGUCACAGUGAUUGAAAAUACAUUUAGGAACUUUGCCAUGGAAGUUCUGGCAGGUGACAAUGAGACCCAAGUCUGUGUUAAGGAAAACCAUUGUAGUUAUGAAUUUGAUUUUGCCAAAGUCUACUGGAAUCCACGAUUAUCAACGGAGCAUGAGAGGUUGGUGGAAAUGCUGAAGCCAGAAGACGUCUUAUGUGAUGUUUUUGCUGGAGUGGGACCAUUCGCCAUUCCUGCUGCCAAAAAGGGUUGUACUGUGCAUGCAAAUGAUCUGAACCCAGAGAGUGUUAAAUGGUUGAAACGCAAUGUUGAUCUCAACAAAGUGCAGAAGAAAGUUUCUGUCUAUAACUUGGAUGGACUGAAUUUUAUCACAGACAUUGUCAAGUUUCUCCUUGUGAAGUUCCUUAAAGAGCACCCUGGAACUGUAGUGGGGAAAUUCCACAUUGUCAUGAAUCUUCCUGCCAUGGCUGUGGACUUCUUGGAUGCAUUCAAAAAUUUGCUCUGUGAUGACAAUGACCUCAAUGACUCCAUGUUCAGCAAUAUUGUAAUUCAUGUAUAUUGCUUCACAAGGGAAGCAGAUAAAACAGCUGCAGCCACUCUAAUGGUAGAGGAAAAGCUUGGGUGUCAACUCAACACAUUCUCCAAAGUUCGCUUUGUACGAAAUGUUGCUCCAGGGAAAGAUAUGAUGCUUGUUUCAUUUUGCAUUCCUCGGGAGGUUUUGACAUGUAAAGACACUGACCCCUCACCUCCCAAGAAGAUGCAUGAAGUGUUGAAAGAAUUGGGACUGAAAAGUGACGUGCCAAAGAGUGGAAAGCACUUUCACCCAUAUAAACCUAGUAGUGAGAUGGGCAAGGCAUUCCUUCCUAUUCACCUCCGUUCGUCUGUGCCCACUACUGAAACAAAUCCCAGCAAAUCAUUUCCUGACAUCACCUUUCCUCCCUCACCCCUUGAUAUCCUCAAGAAACGUAAUGUAACCCUUCCACCUGAACCACUGGUAGCCAAAGAACUUUUGAACUGUGUGAAUGGCAAGGAGCCUUGUCCAAAGUGUGGAAAUGUGAAAGGUGGCAAAAUGAAGAUGUUGCGCAUUGACUACUAUUUUGUGACAAAAGUCUGCAGCAAUACCGAAUGUUACUGGCCCUUGCCUACUGGGAAGGUCCAACUGUGGAAAAGCAAGAUGGCCUUGCCUGCAUCCCUGCCAAAGCGUUUCCAUCUGGGUAAACUGUAUCAAUACAAAAAGGGCAGACCAUACUCUCGAGGACAAGGGAAUUGGGCAUCCCUGCAGAGGCUUAAUCCAGUUCCUGAAUGGGCAUCUACUUCAAGUGAUAGUUAUCUGACUAUGCCAUCUCCAGCAAUGAGUGACUAUCAUCAGCCUCUCUCUAUUUCAAGUUCACAUGGAAUUGCCGAAUCCUUGCCUUCUCCAGCAACACCUAGUGGAUUUGAACCAUUGCCUUCCCCAGCACCAUCAGGCAUUGAACCCUUCCCCUCUCCAGCUACAACUGGAAGCUUUGAACAUUCAAUGUCUGCUCUGACAAUGACCACAACUAGUCCUGAAGAAUCUGAUUUGGAUCAGCUGAUCAAUGAAUGGCUCACUCCAAAUGACAGAAAUCGAACACGGGUGCCUUCUGGUGAUGUGUCAGCCCUGGAUGACCUUGGGUACUUUCUCGGUAUUUGUGAUGACCACAACGCUUCAAAUCCGGUGUCCUCUUCUGCACAACUGAUGCAAGUAUUUGAUACCACUGUGUUUCAUAGUGCAGCUGAAAGCCCAAAUUCAAACAGUCAAAGUCAAACAACCUCAAACAGUCCUGGUAGUAUGAUAAUGGACAGUGAAGAGAACACUCAAGAUUCUUUGCUCCUUACUUCUGCUCAAGUACAAGAUGAUCAGUCAGAGUCACAGCAGACCAGUGAAAAUCUAGAUGAGACAGAUUCAAAUGAGAGAAGUGGAAGUCCAGCAGCAGUGGCAGGUGCUCUAGAAUCUGACAUUCCCCCAUCCAACUCUGUUAUCCUACCUGAGGACAUUGAACGCAUAGAAAGGGCAGAGAUUCCACCAUAUACAUAUGUGGAUUCAGAAGAUGUGGCCCUACUGGAGGAGUCAGGACACAGUGUGAUCUCAGUGUUUGAGAAGCGGGUUAAAGCCUACCGAACCAUGCAGAUGGUGGAUGAAGCCAAGAAAUAUGACCCUGAGAAGUCCCAAUUGAGAAGCAGUUCCAUCCCGAACAUGUACUUCCCCGUCGGGUGGCCAAAAUCCCUGAGGACAAUCAAGGGGAAGGACUCACAACUUGUGGCCAUUGCUUGCAAUAGAGACCGCUUCCUCUUCUCCCUUGUAUACAACAAUGCCAUUGAGAUCUGGUUUUACAAGCCUUGUGUGCCUCUUGUCUGCUAUCAGCUCCCUCAAGACCUGCAGACUUUGUAUGGUGAUUUCCAUCAUGUUGAAUGGAGGCCUGAUUCUUCUGCCAUUGCUGUCACUACCAUGCAUGGCUACCUGGUGUUCUUUAACCUGUUUCUGAAAAACAAAGAGGAAUUGGUCUACAUGCAGCAUGACAGCCAACAACCAGGGCUGAAGCGUCAGUCAUGUGAGCUCUAUGGACGAGAUGAGGUCCCGUCAAUUUCUAUCCGGCUGGAAUGUUCUGUGAUGGUCCCUGGAUCUGUGACUGGUCUGGUGUGCCUCAGAGAUGAGUUGAUGGUUGCUACUGGAAAUGCUCAAAUUCACCGCUAUCUCUGGGAUGGUUCCAUCAAUCGGGACUAUUCCUUAGAUCUCCGACGCAUUCCUUUCUGUGUUGACAAGCAGGUU